AUGGGAACUUGUGUUUAAAAUGGACAAUAACAUUAAUUUGAAUUCAAUACUAUUGAUUAGAUUAGACUCUAUGAAAAUAGACAUGUUUACAUGGAUCCAGAAUAAGAAUUAGAAUGGAAAAGAUAAAACAAUGGAGAGGUAAAUAUAUAAAUUAUGCAGGAAAGUAUGCUAAAAAGAUAAUUAGAGGCUGAAGAACAAUAAAAACAAUAACUAUUAGAAAAUCAGAAAAUACAUCAAUAAAUGGUAGAUAUUUUAUAUUAUCAUUCUUAGUUAAACUUAUAUGAUUCUUAAAAUGAGUCAUCUAACUUACAUCUUGAUUUAGAGUUAAGAUCAUUAAACCUACAACCUUCUGAUAAAAUAUAAUAAAGAAGUCCUCCUCUUUUUGAUGCUGAAAAUAAAUAAGAUAGAUCUUUUACUUAAGGGUAAUCAUCAAAAGAUAAAAACAAAAAUCAAAUUCAAUAACCAGAAACAAAAAAACAAUUGAUAGAUUACUUAUCUAAAGGGGAAAAAGAUGUUUUAAUGUAACCUCUUCCUUCACUUACAAAUUUGUAAGGAAAUAUCGAAUUAGUAUAUGAAGCAUUUGAUAGUGCAGAAAUCACUCCAUUAGCAACUCCUAAAUAAGAAGCUGAAAGUGAAUGUGAAGAAUUAGAAGAAGAACCAUUAUAAUUAGAAUAAGAAAUAGUUUAAGUUGAAAAAUAAGAAAAUCCAGAACCUGUAUAACAAUCUCCUCAGAUAGAAUAACCAAAAUCAUAGGUAAUUCUUGAUAAUCCACUCUUUUAAUAACAUCAAGAAGAUACAAUCUCUUUAGAAGAUGAUAAUCCUGAAGAAGUUUAACCAAAUCCUCCUCCUUAAGAAAGAUAAAUUAUUCUUUAAUCUUCAAGAGGAGAGUAGAUGAUUAUGUCAUUUGCACCAAAUUAAUAAUAAUUAUUCAUCAAAUCUUAAUAAUAAAAUGUACCAGAAAAUAUAGUAGAAGUGCUUAAUCAUAAACCAAGUCUAGAAAAGGCAGUACCAUCAAAUACUGAUAUCCUAAAAAUUGAAAAUGAACAUGUAGUUGCAUUAUCUGCUUAAUUGGAGCCGAUUAAUAUCAAUGUUGAUAUGAACAAUUGUGAAAUGUUAGGACCAUAUAUCAUUCUUGAUACUGGAGAUGUUUAUGUAGGUACAUGGUAAAUGGGUAAAAGACAUGGAUUUGGAAAGCAAAUAUUUUCUAAUGGAGCUUUUUAUGAAGGAUAAUGGCUUAAUGAUUUUCUGUAAGGAUAUGGUAGAUACAUAUUUUAAAAUGGUGAUUACUAUGCAGGGGAAUUUGUUCAUGGAGAAAGAGAAGGAGUUGGAGUAUUGGUUUAUUAGGAUGGUUCAUCUUAUGAAGGCAAAUGGCUAAAAAAUUAAAAGGUAAAUUUAAUUAUUAUAUAAAUAGAGUGGUGAAGGGAGAGAAUAGACUGGGGAUGGUAAUGUAUAUGUAGGAACAUUCAAAGCUGGUAAAAAAGAAGGUAAGGGUAGAUUAGAAUAUGUGGAUGGUAGUAUUUUUGAAGGAAUGUUUAAAGAAGGGUAGAUUUGUGGAAAAGGUAUAUAAACUUGGCCAGAUGGAAGAAGAUAUGAAGGCGAAUGGAAAGAUGGAAAAAUGCAUGGCUAAGGAGAAUUUAUUUGGGGGGAAGGAAAAUCCUAUAAGGGAGAGUAUGUCAAUAAUGUUAGGUAAGGGUAUGGAGAAUACAGUUGGCCAGAUGGUAGAACUUAUAAAGGUGGAUGGAAGAAUGGAAUUAUGCAUGGAAAAGGUUUAAUGAUUUGGCCUGAUCAAAGAUUACAGAAAGGGAUUUGGAUUAAUGGGUAGAAGUAAUUCACUAAAGAAGAAUUGGCUUAAUUAUCAAAAGCCAAAAAAUCAAAUACUGCUGAUACUUCUGUUAAUAAAACAAAAGAUUCUGGUGCUGAAACUAAAGAAAAAAAACCAAAGAAAUCCAAAUCAAAAUCUAAAUCCAAAGAGAAGAAGAGCAAAUCAAAAUCUAAAAAAUGA